AGUGUGCUAACCUUUGUCGUCUCUACAUUUAUUUCAAGGGAUGAAAUGGAUUACACCAAAGUCAGAAUUUUCAACACUGCAAAAACAAGAUGACAGACAAUUUAUUUGGUUAUGGCGGAGAUUUACCUCCACUUGAUGAGGGACCAGAUGAGGAGGAUGAAGGAGAGUUCUAUGACAAUGUCAAUGAUGACACCUUUGGAACCGGAGCUGAUGCUGGAGAUUGGGUUGAUGCUCAUGAGCGUAUGGCAGAUGAGUUCCAGUUUGGUGGAGAUCAACCAGCCGGAGCUCACGGGGGACAGCAUGAUGGUAUGGUACCUUUUUUUGAGGAGGAAGACCUUGAGAAGAGUAUCACCAAGCUAGUUCUUGAAGAGGAAGAAACUUACUAUGAUCCAGCCAGCAGGACCUCUUCCCAGUCCAAGCCCAUCUCCAUCAAGGGUGGUCAGGAAUCUAGCAUCAGUCAGCUGUUCGGGCCGAAGUCCCCGCCUUCGCUCUUCGACCCUACGGACUUCAUGUCCCCUACCCGCAACAUCUGGGGCUCCCCGGAGGUGCACCAGACGGUGGAGAUGCCCACGAAGCCAGGGGUAGCUGCCACAGAGGAACGGCUGAAGGCUAUGCUCCAUAUCGGCCAGGCCCCUCCCGGAAGGCCCGCCGACGAUGGAUGGGAGGACCCUGCUAUUGUCCGUGCAGUCAGUGACUCCCAGCCUGUGAAGAAGAAAGUCAUGUCCCUCGCCGAGCUUGAACAGGAGCUCAUGACGGGGCGCAAACCGACCCCCAGCAAAGCGCUUCCCGCCCGCUCCGUCUCGCCGGAGAUCGGUUCGCCGCCCGUCGCCAUUCCGCCGCCAAUCGGCACACCACCCAGGGGAUCCAUGAUGCACCACGCACGGGCGCCCCACCCCACUAUGGAGCAACAGAAACAUUCUCCAUUUCCUCAACACAUUCAGGCUCCUCCACAAGCAACUCCCCCACCAAUACACCAAAAGACUCCUGGUGUGGGGCAGUCUCCCAUCGUUCCCAUCCACCCCCAGCACCUCCAGCAGCUCACCCGCCAGAUCCACCAGUACAUCGGAGGGAGGGUAUCCCCUACUCAGAUCAGCCAACUCAUCAUACGCCUUCAUGCCAGCGGUGGGCGCAUCUCCCCAAACAGCAUCCGCACGGCCGUCUUCACCUCCAUCCCUCCCCCCUCCGUCGACGUCCCGCGGCCGAAGGCCACCAACGUCGCAGGGUCGCCGGGCUUCCCGGGCACCCAGAGAUUGCCGUUCAAUGCGGGGUCGCCGCAGAUGCCGUAUUCCUCGUCUCCGCGGGGGAUGAUGAUGGGACCAGGGAUGGGGUCAAGUCCUGGAGCUAACACCCCUCCCAUGCACAUGGGUAGCGGUAGAGGGGGGCGGUUCCCAAGAGCGAUGCAUGGCCUCACACCCAUGAACCCAAGGAUUCCACCUGUACACUCUAGACCCGACCAAGGCGGCAUGAACAGACGCUACCCAUACAGUCCACAACAGAGAGGUCCUCAUCAGAACAUAGGGAAAUAUGGUGACGGACCGCGUGCCCAGCGGCAGAUCCGUUUCCAGCGCGGCGGGGGCGGGGAUAACCAGUACCAUCGUCGUGGAAACCGAGGCGAUUAUGACGAGUAUUCCUGUUUGAUGUCGCAGAAGGAGAAAGAAUGGGUCAUCAAGAUUCAGAUGCUUCAACUGACGUCAAACAACCCUGCUGUGGAUGACUUCUACUACCAGAACUUUAUGGCCAGAAAAGCUGCAAAGGAGAAGGACAGAGAGGAGAGUGGAAAGAACAAUGUACAAGGAAAGGAUGGAAAGAAGGAGAAGAAACUUGUAUUGCGCCCUCUAGAGAGCAAAGCCUACCAACCAGCCCAAUUUGAAGGUGCCCUUGGAAAGUUGACUUCAGCGAGUGUGAACAAUCCCCGUCAGAUCAUUGAUAUUCACAUUGAUAACGCACCAGAUGAGGAAGAGGGAGGAAAAGCAAAGGACCAUAGUCGUCGACGUCGGACACUCCUCGCCAUCGAGCGCCUAUUCAGCCUCGUCCUCGAGGUCGAGGAUCUGGAUUUGCUUGUCAGAGGCUUACCUGAAUCAGAUCGUGGACCUCUCUUGGAGAAAAGGAAAGGACCUAUGAUGAAACUGUGUGCUAUGCUGAAAGGAGAAAAGGGUGAUGGACUCAGUGAAAGGACGCCCAGUUCUCUGUUCCAUCAGAUCCUUGGUAUCCGUAAGGGGCGUAAGCUGGUGAGCCGGAUCAUCCCACUCCUCGGAAAGGAGGAGGCGUUUCCUGUGGUUGAGACUCUCUUUGCCGACCUCACCUAUGUCUUCAAACAGGAGGCUAAGGAUCUGAAGAGGGAUGCAAUCGAAAGUCAGAGGGGGAGGUUAGAUGAGACGUUACCCCAGCUGUUUCCACCGCUAUGUCAGGUAAUCCAGGAGAGUAGUCUCAUUGACCUGACCUCGCUGGUUGGUGACCUCCAAUCUCAGAUCCCCACGACCCCCACUGCCACACAACCCAAGGGGUCAGCAGUCAUCGCUGGUGCUAUUCAGAACAAGCUUGGUGUAUCUAUUGUUAUGUGUAUGUUGAACCGUGCUGAGGAAGUUUAUACGUCAACUGCGGAAGAAUCGCCACCUUUUCACACGCAAUGGAUGGAAUGCGUCCAUCUCUUUGCCCAAGCAAUCUGCAUCGUAAGUGACACAGCCAUCGCUAGACCCUUAGGGAAGUUCCCUCUCGUGCUGGACCAUUUCUCACGUUUCGUCAGUAAGCAACCACUCAAUGCACUAGAGAAGAGGUUAAGAAAUUUGAUAGACCAUGAGGAAUGACUUGUAUGUGAAUCAUGGACUGCUCUACUACUGUGUUUUAGUGUCGGGGCAACAAGGUAAACUCUGUGUAAGCUGUUCAGCUGUGGUCAACCGCCUAAUUUGAACUUGAAGAAAUUGAGUCAGCAAGUUGGCAUGCUUUUUUGAUACGUAAAACUUAAAUUACCGUCAUAGCUCAUUCCAAGUACCAAAUACUCAUUUGAAUAGCUAUGAAAAGCCCACAAUGAAAACAGCAAGACCAUUUAUUGAGGGUGAAACUCUAAAACUUGCUAGUUAUUUCUUUUUGAGAUGAUGACCAUUCUAUGUGUACUUUAACAACAAUACAAACUUUAGAACUAUAUUUCCAGGCCGACUUGCAGGCCAUUUAUAAGUUUGCCUACUACGGACAAAUUGUGCUAGGGCUUCAGUUCAUAUUGUCUUCAUCUGUAGUCAAAUGCUUUACAGUGGUGCCAAAUGUACCUUCAUUUAGCAGAUAUACUGUAGUUUUUUUCAAUGAAAAUACAGCGUAUUUCAUUGAAAACCUUUUUUUUUACCAGAAAUCAUAAAUAAAUCCAUGGCUAUGACAGAAAGUUGAAAUUAUUGGGGUUUUUUUCAUCCUAGAAUCCUUUAUUUCAUCUCUCAAUCUACUGCAGUUCUAUGUAUUAUUUUGAUUUCCCCAAGUUUACCAUUUUGCAGGAUAAAUAUGUGAAGAAAAAAAGAAUCUGGGCUGAAGCUACUAGCCAAAUUUCACAGUCGUCGUUACAUAUCAAAAUUUCCCUUGAUUUGCACAUUUUUUUGGUAUUAUUGUAAAUAACUUACAACAGAAUGUUUUAACUUCCAACAAGAAUUUAUUGCAGAUUUCAUUCAUGAGGCUCACAUUUGAACAGAUCCCAUGAUUUAUAACCGACUGCUUGUUCCUCCCCUCUCAGGAAUUCAUUUCUGACAUUUGGUUUCCGAAACUAUUAACCUCUAUGAAUGAUGUCCCAUAAUUUUCAUGUUUUGAGUCUUCAACUGGAUGUACACUUAGUCAACAUAAUGUUACCUACACUCUCUUGAAUCAAGUGUUUCCUAUUUGGUUGUGAUAAAAUUUUAUUUUCAUAUCCUUUCUAGACUUUAAAAUAUUUUUGUGCUUCUUGGGCCUUUACCAGAGUUAUUUGAGGAAAUUCUCAGCAUUUUGCUCUAAAUUUUACUCUAUUUCUAGAUAUUAAUAUUUCCAGCCUGGAGCAUCCUCUGAGACAGACUUUUGGUGUUACAUUUCUUUAUUCAAUCACAGCAAACCUUCUUCAGCUUACUGGCUGGAAUCAUGUAACUUGCUUGAAGGGCUGAUUCUAAUAUCUUGCACCUUCAUGUCGUGCAGUUGCAUAUUAUUCCAAAUAAUGUGUAUGUGGCAAGAACAUGGCUUGUAUAUUGCCAGAGGAUGUUCCUCACAUUGAAUAUUUGCAUGCAUCUCCAGAGGCAUUGCCUCUUGCCCUGCAGUAUUUAUAUACACUGUAAAAACUGCGGUGUUAAAACUGACACAAAUUGGUGUUAAUAGAGGACCACACCCCAAGGUGUUAAGAUUACACCCUAGAGAUU